AUGGAAAAAGACAUGUGUUGUUAUGUGAUCGUAACCGCCCGGACCCUAAUCUGGACGCUGUUGUCAAUCGCGGCCACACUGUGUAUGUUGGCGGCGAUCUGGACCCCCAUAUGGCUGGUGGGACCGCCCAAAAAGCUCAGUCGACAGACGGCCGCCAAACUGUCACAACAGUCCACUCAAACCAAUAAUAAUAUUCUUGAUUUGAAUCUCAAUUAUAUUCAUAAUAAUAACAUCAAUGAGUUUACGCCAUCAUUAGAGUGCGCGCCGUUUGUGACCGGUUUAGACCAGGAAAACAACUCCUUUCCCAACGCAUGGAAAGCCGCGCUUAUAUUCUAUGGGAUCGGCAUUUGUGUCAUGAGUCUCACGAUUAUUGCCAGCCUUUUAGGCUGUUGCAAGAGAAGUGUUUGUCGCAAAAGCAUAUUCACAAUAUCCGGCACAAUUCAAGCCGUGGCCGGCUGGGGCACCGAUCGAGUGGAACGCAUAUGCGGUGUAAAGGCUGACCCUUUCCUUCUGGGAGACUGUACUAUAGGUUGGGGAUUAUAUCUAGCGGUGGGCAGUACUGUCGCCACAUUCAUAUGUGCCAUACUGUCCAUUCAGGCGGAGAUAUCGACGUCAUCUGAUAAAGUCCAGGAUGAGAUACUUGACGGCAAAAAUCUAAUUUGUUUGCUCUAA